AGAGUCUUCCUUGUCUCCUGGUAUUGGAGCUUGAUCUUGUGUGUUUCCUGCUCUUCUACUUGUCACCAUGAAGUUCCUGGCACUCCUUGUGUUGCUUGGUGUUUCCACUAUCCUAGUCUCUUGCCAGGACCCGGAGACAAACAGUACUGAAACUUCUGGAACUGCUGAUUCUGCUGGUGAAAAUACUGGCUCUGAAACUCAGGCAGAUAGUACUGAUCAAAAUCAAGAAGUUGAUUCCUCUGAUUCAGUCGAAGAAGAAAAUGUGAACACUGAUGAUACCAACACUGCUAAUGAGGCCUCUGAGGAAGACAACAAGGAAGAGUUAAAUGAUAACAGUACCGGGGAUAAUACCUCUGAUCAGAACAGUGGCGUUGACAACACUGAAACGGAAGAAGAGUCCAAUGCAAAAACUAAACUUGAAGACAUAAAAACCGGUAAAAAAACAUUUCAUCUAAUUUUGUUCUUUAUGGAAUUCUUCGAAUCCUUAGGUUCCCCAUGGCUACAGUGAACUGUACUUUCAUGAGGAAGUAGGGGAGGGUAAGGAGAGGGAGAAGAAGAGACCCUUUUUUCCCCCUCUUUUCUAAGUUCAUCAUAUUGUUUAUAUUUAAGCACCAGAAGGAUCAGAAGUUGACAAGAGUAUGUUAUCAAUCAAUUUUAUCAUCAAUUUUAGCUGCAUCUAUCUUGCAAUAUUAGAUCUGUUAGAGACAAUGUAAAUACAGCAGAAAUUAUUGAAAGUGUAAAGUGUCUCCAUGUAGCAUGGCAACUGCAUGGCUUUUCUUUUUCUUAAAUAAAAAGUCAUGUUUUCUUUGGAGACUAUUCUAAAAAUUGAAAUAGAAAAUGGCUUUGUGAUGAGGUCUUCCAUGGAUGG